AAUGACCAAACUCAUUGAAGUUACCUAAACUCGAGUUUAAUUUAAUUAGUCCAGUGGGGGUUCUCUACUGUGAGGUGUGUUCCUAAAGAAUGUCUAACCAACAAAGACCAUUUUCAUGGUUUCGUUUAGCUCCUUUUGGUCGCCAAACACAACCAACUCCACCACCAACCCCUCGGCCAACAGCAUUUCGAUCUCCUGCUCCACGACCAUAUAGGCCUCCUGCCCCUCAGCCUCGACCAACCAUUCGACCACCUGCUGCCACAUCUCCUCCUCCACCUGCUACUCCAAUUCGAGCAUUUUUCCCUGCACCAAAAUCUCCAACACCAUCUACUGCCCCUGUCUCUCCAGCCAAAUCAAUACUUUCUUCAUCACCUACAUCUCCUGCAUUUCUCCCAAUUGCUUCCUCUUCCUUCAGUUUAAAAAGCCCUGAAACCAAGACCCCUGCCCCUUAUUCCUCUUCAUUGACAACUGCUCCACUCCCAAAACCAACAGCACCUCCACCUCCUUCCCCUGCCACCACCACUCUCACUGCUCCUACUACUUCAAGAACCGUCAAGCCAUGGAACGAAUCUCCACCAAAAUUACACCCCGAAACAAAGCCUCUGUUUCGUCUAGCCGGGAAAGAAGCCGCUGGAAAUUCUAAGAUGAAUGAGAAAUCUGCUAUGGAUAACAACAAAGUUAGUAGUACUAAAUUUGAAAAAUUACCAAGGAGGUUGGUAACCCUGAUCGGCGAAAACAAAGGGGCAAUAAUGCUAUUGAAACCAAAUUCCAUCAAGAAAUCUUAUACUACUACUAGUAAUGUAUUUGGAGGUAAGUCCCAAACGGUUGGCAAGAAAGAAGAAGGCAAUACUGAUCAAAAGAAGAAGAAGAAAGAAGAUGAAGGUGACAUGGAAGAAUCUACUAUGUUCAUUAACAGUAAUGUACAAGGAGUGAACAACUCGAUUUUAGACGAAUCGAGUUUCACCGAUCAUGAUCCUGGUUUCCAUAUCUUCUUCUCAACAGAUUAAUUAUAGAUACAAUGUGUUCUUGGUGAAACGCAAGCAUAUGAAGUUCGGGUAACAAUACUAUAUACUAUAUACUAUAUGAUGUUUGAGAAAUUUUUCCAAUUGAUAAUAAACAAAUUAAAAUGAGGAGGACGUGGAUUCUGGAUUCACCAUGUUUGAGUUGUACUCCACCUUUCAUGUAAUAUAUUAUCGGCAUUAAUUUAUGAAUUUCCUUUCAA